UCGGUCGGUCCCUCGGGCAGCGGGCACCGGACCCCGGACCCCUCCGCGCCAUGGAGCCCGAGCCGGCGGCCGCGGAGCAGCCACGACCGCGGAGGAGAAGCCACCGGACCUCCGGGCUCGGGGCCGGUGACACAGGCGCGGGGCCUGCGGACACUCCUGGGCCGGCGCCCGCGGGCAGGUACUCCCUUCGGAGGGGUAGUUCCUUCACGUUUUUAACACCUGGCCCCCAUUGGGACUUCACUUUGAAGAGAAAACGGAAAGAGAAAGAUGAUGAUGUUGUAAGUCUUAGCAGCCUUGAUCUGAAGGAGCCAAGUAAUAAAAGAGUUCGACCUCUGGCUAGGGUCACAUCCUUGGCGAAUCUGAUCUCUCCAGUAAGAAAUGGAGCUGUCCGACGCUUUGGUCAGACAAUACAGUCCUUUACACUUCGUGGUGACACCAGGUCUCCAGCUUCUGCCCAGAAGCUGUCAAGCAGGUCUACAGUGCCAAUGCCAUCCAGGAGGAGAAACAGCACUCUGUGGUCAGAGAUGCUGGGUGUCGGCAUGAAGGAGUCUCUGACAGCCAGAGAAAUCAAGCGUCAAGAGGCAAUAUAUGAGAUGUUUCGAGGGGAACAGGAUUUAAUUGAAGACCUCAAGCUUGCAAGAAAGGCCUACCAUGAUCCCAUGUUAAAGCUGUCAAUCAUGUCCGAAGAGGAGCUCACGCAUCUGUUUGGUGAUCUAGAUGCUUACAUACCACUGCAUGAAGAUUUGUUGGCAAGAAUAGGAGAAGCAACCAAGCCUGGUGGGACAGUGGAACAGAUUGGGCACAUUCUUGUGAACUGGUUGCCAGGCUUAAAUGCCUACAAAGGCUACUGUAGUAACCAGCUGGCAGCCAAAGCUCUUCUUGAUCAAAAGAAACAGGAUCCAAGAGUCCAGGACUUCCUCCAGAGAUGCCUGGAGUCUCCCUUUAGUCGGAAACUGGAUCUUUGGAGCUUCCUAGAUAUUCCUCGGAGUCGGCUAGUCAAAUACCCGUUGCUGUUAAGAGAAAUUCUGAAGCAUACUCCAAAUGACCACCCUGAUGUUCAGCUUCUGGAGGAGGCUAUAAUAAUAAUACAAGGAGUUCUUUCUGACAUCAACCUAAAGAAAGGCGAAUCAGAAUGCCAGUAUUACAUUGACAAACUGGAGUAUCUGGAUGAAAAGCAAAAGGAUCCUAGAAUUGAAGCAAGCAAAGUGCUACUUUGCCAUGGAGAACUAAAGAAUAAAAACGGACAUAAACUUUACAUUUUCCUGUUUCAAGACAUCUUGGUUCUUACUCGGCCUGUUACUCGGAACGAGUGUCACUACUACCAGGUGUACCGGCAGCCCAUCCCAAUGCAGGAGCUGGUCUUGGAGGACUUACAGGACGGAGAUGUGAGGAUGGGUGGCUCCUUUCGGGGCGCUUUCAGCAACUCUGACAAAGCUAAAAAUAUCUUCAGAGUGCGCUGCCAAGACCUCUCCCCGGGCCAGUCACACACACUGCAAGCCAACGAUGUGUUCCAUAAGCAACAGUGGCUGCACUGCCUCCGGGCUGCCAUGGCCCCCACACAGCAGGCUUGCAGCCCCAGCGAACCGCAGGGUCUGCCUGAGCUCCAUGAGGAAGGGGAGGAGAACAAUCCCUGUGCUGGCGCCGCCAUGGCCGAGAGGAGGGUUUCCACCCAGCCUGAUGCUGGCACCAGUGCACAGUGCAGCUCCCCACUGUUGGCUGCAGACACCCCACGGCCUACAAGAGCCCAGCGUACCCUGGCCAACACCCGGAGAGCACGGGACAAAACCCACUUAGGCGGCAAGCGGAAGGAGACUCUAGUGUAGACGCAUGGGAAGGCUCAGUGGAGAGAGUGGAUAAAUGUCCAGUGGCUUCUCAUUGCUGUGAGCAUGGCGGAAUCCUGGGACUCACCGCUGCUGGGUAUGGGUGGGUCCCUCCCUUUGUUCAGUGGCAGCUAAAGAAUAUGUUCCGGUUACUGCUAAUCUGCAGGGUGGGUGGGUUGUUUGUUUGAUUUUAUUUUUUUAGGUAUGUUCUAAGAUUAUUUAGAAGAUGCAAGUCUCAUAUUUUUAAUCAAAUGAAACAUUAUGAAAUGGGUUUUCUCAUUUUGCAUUCAUCGUGACUUCUCAGUACCCACCAAUUGUGACACAGUGUCAGCCAAAACUUAAAAUGUUGCAAGUACUGGAAUUUUUCCAGUGUUUGUUGAACCUGGCAUUUAGCAUUUGAAAUUUCACCAUUGGCCCCUAAAAUCUACAUGGACUAUCUGUAAUAUUUCUAAAUUUACACUGAACUAUAAGUUCCUUGAAAAAAAGAAACUAUGAAACUUAAUAGAUCUUCAUUUCAUCAACUGGAAUGCUAUGUACAGUUGUUUUUCACUGCACAUUCCUGUUUUUCACGCAUAUAUCCUUCCAAUUAUUUAAUUUUUUAUUGUAAAGUAGUUUUUAGUAUUUCUUUUUAUUUUUUUACUUUGAUGCCUUUUCAAAUUGGCAUGUCUUUAAAGUAUUUUUUGUUCCUUACUUAAAAAGGUGUGUGUAUGUGUAUAUAUAUACAUAUAUAUAUAUGUUAAAUCCUAUUAACUUUACCAAGUGAAUCCAAGCCAUACUGUUUUUGAGCCAAUUAAGCAGCUAUAGUUUUGAAAGUAGUAUUUUGGAUUCGUUAAAUGACUCGUCUGGACUACUGCAAGAAAACCGCAUUGGGGAUUUGGCUGAGAAUUACAGUGUUUGAAAAAUGAGAGAACAUGUUGAUCGUGAUUACUUUUAAACGAAGGGAAAGGAAAGUAAUUUGGUUCUGAGUAGAAAUGUUUGGUUGAGCCAAGAUAUAGAAGGAAAAAGGAAAAGUUCAACUUGAGGGUGUGAGGUAAGUUGCUGAAGGGUUGAGAGGAAGUGAGCUUUAUUUGCCUUGGUUUUUAAUACCUGCAAAUAAUGGGCUUGGAAAGAAAGGCUAAAGUGUAUUGAAGUUUACCAUAUUAGAUAAAUUUAGUGGAUGUGUUCAUAAGAUGAGGGGGGAAAAAUAACUCGAGUCAUUUAACUAUUAUGUGAAAUAUAUUUGACCAAUGGAAAAGAACAGUGAAAAAAUACUGUAAAUAGACAAUCCAGAUGAUUUCUCUGUAUAAAUGAAUUAUAUAAUUAAAAAAAUACACACACACACACAA